ACAUGAGCUGAACGCUUCUCUUCUUCGGGUGAAUACAGCUGAGAGGAUCGGCCCACCGAUGGGAUCCAAUGGAGUUCAGGCUCUAAUCACCAACCUCGCCUUGACUGUAGCAAGAGUGUUACAAGUCUGUAAUUUUUGUCUCACGAAAUCGAGGAGAAGUAGGGACUCGGAGUCAACCACGAGAACGGACAAUGGGUCUGGAGAAGAGGAGGAGGCGUUAAGGAGGGACUCUGAGUCAACCUCAAGAGCCGAUAAUCUGUCUUGCGAAGAGUAUGAUGUGUUCCUGAGUUUCCGGGGACCAGAUACUCGCAAUGGGUUCACCAAUUGCCUCUACCAUCGCUUGAGAGAUGCUGGAAUCCACGUUUUUGUUGACAACGAAGAACUCCGAGUCGGUAAAGAAAUUAGUGGAGAGCUUUUGAAAGCACUUGACAAGUCUCGAAUCUAUAUACCUAUCUUCUCUAGGGGUUACGCUAAUAGUUCAUGGUGUCUCUGUGAGGUUGCGCAUAUGGUAGAAUGCACCUCAACAUCAGAUGGAAAGAAAGAGAUACUUCCCAUCUUCUACGAUGUGGAUCCUGACGAUGUUAAGCUUAAGACCAAGUUGUAUAGUAAAGUCAUGCCCAGGCACAAGAAGAAGUUUGGCUCCGAUAAUUUGAAGCAGUGGGAAAAUGCCCUUGUUAAGGUUGCACAUAUAAAGGGAUGGGAUCUUAAAGGCAAAGGCCAAGGAGAACAAAUUGAAUCGAUCGUUGAGGUGGUUUGCCGUAACCUUAAUACAAGACAUGUGAUUGUGACUGAUAAUUUGGUUGAAGAUAAUGCUCAGAUGGAAGCCAUAAUGAAAUUGUUGGAUGUGGGCUCUAGUGGUGUACGUUUUGUUGGUAUCCACGGCAUGGGUGGUGUUGGAAAAACAACUCUUGCCAAAGUCAUGUUCAACAAACUAUCUUCUCACUUUGAACGUUGUAGUUUCCUUGAAGACGUUCGAGCAUCAUCCCAAUCUCAUGGUGGCCUUUUAGAAUUGCAGAAAAAGCUCUUAAUAGAUUUGGCCGGUCAUGGGAUUGCUAACCAAAUUAAAGAUGUUGAUGGUGGGAUCAAGAUGAUCAAAAAAUCACUGAGUAACAAAGAAUUACUCAUAGUUCUUGAUGAUAUAGACAAGAAAGAGCAACUUGAAAAACUAGCAGCUGGAAAAUCUGAUUGGUUUUGGACAAAAGCAUUCUGA